GCAGCCCUUUUUUGGAAUGUGCGCUCCAGAUACUUCACUUUCUUCCCCAAAGCACAAAGUUUUACUUAAAAUAAAGCUGUUUGUUUGGCUCUUCUGGGCGACCCUUUUUGGAAGAACCAGAGCAAUGGGUGGCUUUGGAGCCCCACUUCGAAGGAACCAGUUCAUCCUCCUGGUAUUUUUUCUUUUGCAAAUUCGGAGUCUGGGUCUGGACAUCGAUAGUCGUCCUACCGCUGAAGUCUGUGCCACACACACAAUUUCACCGGGACCCAAAGGAGAUGAUGGCGAAAAAGGAGAUCCAGGAGAAGAGGGGAAGCACGGCAAAGUGGGACGCAUGGGGCCAAAAGGGAUUAAGGGAGAACUGGGUGAUGUAGGAGACCAGGGCAACAUCGGCAAGACUGGGCCCAUCGGCAAGAAGGGUGACAAAGGGGAAAAGGGUUUGCCUGGGAUACCUGGAGGAAAAGGCAAAGCAGGUACUGUCUGUGAUUGUGGAAGAUACCGGAAAGUUGUUGGACAACUGGACAUUAGUGUUGCUCGACUCAAGACGUCUAUGAAGUUCGUCAAGAAUGUCAUAGCAGGGAUUAGGGAAACCGAAGAGAAAUUCUACUACCUUGUGCAAGAGGAGAAGAACUACAGGGAAUCCCUGACCCACUGCCGGAUCCGGGGUGGAAUGCUAGCCAUGCCAAAGGACGAAGCCGCCAACACGCUGAUCGCCGACUAUGUCGCCAAGAGUGGCUUCUUCCGGGUGUUCAUUGGGGUGAAUGACCUUGAGAGGGAGGGGCAGUAUGUGUUCACUGACAACACGCCACUGCAGAACUACAGCAACUGGAAGGAGGGGGAGCCAAGCGACCCCUAUGGUCAUGAGGACUGUGUGGAGAUGCUGAGCUCAGGCAGAUGGAAUGACACUGAGUGCCAUCUUACCAUGUACUUUGUCUGUGAGUUUGUCAAGAAGAAAAAGUAACUUCCCUCACGCUACAUAUUCAUUAUUUCCCUGUGACUACUAUCGCAGUUAUUUUUAUCCACCGUUUUCUUCCUAAUUGCACUAAAUUCAUUCUGACUCAGGACAAGUGAGACAUGAUAGACUGAGGUUUGGAAUCUCCAUCGUCAUGCCCUUCUGUGACAAUUUUGAACAAUGUCAUACAUCAUAUGUUAUUUAGCCAAUAGCUCACUGGGUUGCAUGGGUCCCAAGAGAGAGUUUAAAUUACUAGUUGUGCAGGAGGUAGUUAUCUCUGUCUCAUACGAAAUGUUCUCUUGUCCACCUCUCCCUAGAGCUCUAAACCACUAUCUAGCCCAGUGGAUAAGUGGACAGUUUGCCCUUACCCAAAGCCAGACAUAUGGGAAGGCUUUCUGUUAGGAAUGUUGAGAUAUUAUCUGUCUUUGAACCCAAGAUCCCCAAUUCUUUGACCAGUCACCCAUCAAUCACGGUCAUAGCUGC